AUGUUCCUCAUGCGCUCGGCGAAGUUCCGGGAGCGAGUGGAGUCGGCCGUCACCGCGGCGCAGCGCGCUUCCAAAAUUGCAUUGCAGAAAGCUGACAUUGCGAUAUCCAGAACCGCCACAGCUCGAGGCAAAGCUGAACAAGCCGAUGAAUCGGCAGACCAAGCAAAAGAAGACUGUGAUUUAGCACAAAUGACUGCAAAGCAGUUCGCCCCAGAUUUUAAGCAUCCUGGAUUGGACAGAAUAGGAUUAAGAGAUAAAUAUAGACAAAAACAUUAUGACUCACAGGUCACGACACCUGUUUCACAAGAAUCUGAAAAGAUCUUGGAAGGAAAGAGCAUUCCAAAUCAUAUCCCUCCGAUGCAUUCACAGAUUCCUCAAACAAAUAAUGCUCCUUAUGGAGUGCCCCCGAGACGGCCAUCUACACAGUUCCCGAAUAAACCAGUUCAGUCAUUAGAUCCAAGACUCACAAAUAAUUCCAAUUAUAAUACGGACAAUAGGACAAAUUAUUAUUCUGAUCAGGAUCAUUGGCCGAACACGCAAUCACAAGGACCACAGUAUGGACAAAGUGACCAAAUUAGUGGCUACGGCCCGAGUGCACAGUCAGGACCGCCUUACCGAGUACUAAACCGACAAGACGCCGUUCAACAACCACCGGGUAUAGAUCAAAGUAGUCAACAAUUUAGUAAUCAACCGCGUAGAUUUUCUUCGGCGAUGAGACCGGCUCUAAACCUCAAUCAGAGGGCCGGCCCACAGGAUUGGAACUCCACUCAGGGACAAGGAAUUAGACGGCAAAGCGUCCUAGGUCAGCCCACUCAAAGUGGCCAAGAAGCCACGUACGGCGACGGAGGUGGCGGCAGUUACGGACGUACCGAGCUCAGAACCGGCACCGUACAUUCAGAAGGACUACACGAUCGUCUAGGGGGAGACCAUAUGCAGUACCAUCAAUCCACGGAACCUCAAGGGUACCAGCAGCCUCUCGACCAUAGACAACAAAGAGAGGGCUCAAUGUACCGGCAAGCGGGCACCGAUCAACAGAUGUACAGGCAAGCGACGGCCCCUAUGGAAGACGCGACCAACGGACCUCGAGACCUGCGGCAGGCGGGUCGAACGUCUAUCGACUACUUCGACCAUUAUAAAAGACCACCGAGUAGAGAUUCGAGCGUAGAUCGUUACGGGCGUCGAUCGCGGCAGCCUUCAGUGGAAGCGAGCGCGCCCCCGCGCGACUCGCGAGGCGGCUCGGCGGCGCCGCAGCCGCCCGCGCCGGCGUCGCGGCCCGCGUCCCGGGCGGCCACGCCGGCGGCCGGCAACGGCCACUUGGCUUCGGGCCGCGGCUCCAUAUCGAGGGAGACUCCAUUCGAAGAGUCGCUUAUGAGGAAACGAACGUUGGGGCAAGAUAUAUCACCGUCGCCGUACCAGCCGAAGAGGACGGAGAGUCUGUGCAUGCCGCCCGCGCCUGCGCCGCCCCCGCCCGUGAUGCGAGGAGGCGGCGGCGGCGGCGGCGGUGGAGGCGGACGAAAGGCCCUGUAA